CCCACAGCUAUAUGUUAGCGUCAUUAUACUGCGCCGUGCCGCAGUUUUACAAUAUUCGACAGAACACAACAUCGUGCUUCUCGGUUUGUGGUGACCGGAGAAAAAAUUUGCGCAAGGAUCAUAGCUGAGGUAAGAAGAACAGAUAAACGAUGGCAGAUCUUGAGAACCCAGAUACUACAGCUAGAUCGCACGAGGCCCCGGCGUCUGGGGAUAUCGGGCUAACUAUGUCGUAUAUUAUCUCGAUUCCUGGAAUACUGAAGAUCGUUGAAUUUUUCACGCUGUUGUUGGCGUUUGCCCUAGCUGCUGAUGAGUACGCAACUGUAGCUCAGUAUUUCGUCGUAGAUUGGGGACGUAUGGAUUUCUUCCUCUUUGUUACUGUGACGUCGUGGCUUCUUGUGAUCGCCGUAUUUGUCUUGUUCGCAUUCAAUAUCAUAUCAAAAAUCAACCUCAGUAUUGACUGGAAUAUCCCGGUUUUUGUAUUUGCUGUUGUAGCAGCAAUUCUUCUUCUGUUGAGUUCUGCCUUGCUAGCUGCUGAUGCAGCAGGUGGUUAUGGUCUGUUAUCUGACACAUUAAACGCUGCUGUGGCUUUUGGAUUUAUCUCCAUGUUCGUCUUCAUCGCAGAUGCUGUUGUUUAUUUCCUGAGGAGAACUGGAAGGAUGUAAACCAACGCCCACAUUUUGAUGAACUGUGUAGUCCUGCGAGUUUGUUUAAAAUUUUUUGAUAGCCAUUUCGGUCACCGUUAAUUAGAAUUUAAUCUAUAACGAAUGAAACAAAUCUAGAAAUAGACAGGGAGAAUGCGUAUAUUUAACCCUUUAACUCCUAGAAGUGAUUAAGAUGUAACUUCUCCCUACAAUAUCCAUAGAUUAUCCAGUAAACAGGUAAUGAGAAUACCCAAAGUUAUUAGA